AUGCCAUCACCGCCAGUAACAUCAUCAACCCAUGCCGUAGAAAUAUCAUCCAUGUCAUUUGUGCUCCAACCCCAUGAUCGAAUUGAUAGCUGGUCACGGGUAAUUGAUGCGGUACUAGAACAAGUGGAUCAUCAAUCAGACGAGAAUACUGUAUUUGAGCGCAUGAUACGAGUACUGGAAAUACAAUAUGAGCGACGUAUUGAUAAUACACGACAACAAGUACAGCAACUCUAUGGGACCAUUGCAGGUAUUGAGCGACACCAACGGCAACUUGAUCAAGAGCGUUCAGCUGUCGAGCAAACGUUGCAUGAACAUGAGCAACGACUACCUGUUGCACAACAAUUGGCGGUUGUGCGUCAACACAAACGUGCCCAACAAAGACGUAGAUAUGAUCGUAUGCAUUGGAUCCCGGUGGUUUCAAGUCGAUGUCGAAAAAGCUAUAUGCAUGCAAUGAAUAAACAUGCAGCUGCAGAGCACGAGCUCGCCAAUCUCCGCAUUGCCAUUGACCACACACGGCGUGCACGGCAGCGUAUUGCACAAACAUUGGCAAACCUCAAUACCCAGAGUAUGGAUACUCGUCAACAAGCUGCUGUUCUUGAACAACGUCUCAAAGCCCUUGAUUCUACCAUUGUGGCUCUUGUAGAACGUCGUCGUUUUUGGCAUGCUUUUGAGCUCAACCAAGCCCGUCUCGUACGUGAAUCAGCUCGCAUGUUAAUAUUAAGCAACGUCGAUAAUGAAAUUGAUGACGACGACGACAACAACAAUGAAUGGACCAAAAAGACAUUUCAAAUGGCAUGUUUUGAGUACGCCGAGUGUAUACGACAUGGUAAAGAACACUUGGCAAAUCCUCCUGGGCAGUAUAUUGAAUUCGAAUGUGCUCGAUGUCUCCAACUUGUUCAACAACAAACGUGGCCUGUGUGGAUGGGUAGGCAUGAUCUCGUAUGUCAACAUUGUUAUCGAGCACCUGCCAAAUCCAACUCCAAGAAAACCAAAGCGCAGUGUAACAUGAAGAAUGAUAUCCCAUGCAUCAAGCAGAUCACUGUACAUGUUCCUUGGAAACAAAGAUUGAUUCGUUUCUUUUGGCACCGUUUAGCAAAGACCAUUAAGAGGCGUAUCUAG